AUGAUGAUCAGGAUCCAUGGAUCAACAAGUCCGCAGGGUGCUACCGCAAGGCGGCCUGUGGAUUCUGAUAUCUCGGAUGUUGUUAGAUCCCAAGUACCAGCUUUCUCGGGUGAAUCCUCUAUUACCCACACCCUGGAUCAAAUUGAGGGCCAUCUGGAGCGUACGGAUGUGACGUAUGGUAAUGCAGAGCGUCCCAUGUCCUGCCAGGUGUCAGGUACAUCGUUAACAGCGCCAAGCUCCCCGCUAGGUGGCUUCAGAGAGACGCGUGAGGCAGUCGAUAUACGGAAAGUCUUGAAUGCAUACGGCAUCGAUCCACGCAAGGAGGAAUGGGAUGGAUACAUGCACACUUUCUGUGACGAGGUUCACAUCCUGUACCCCUUUCUUCAUAUUCCAAGUCUGUGGGCCAAUUAUGCAAAUAUGUGGAACUCUGGCUUCUCCUCCACGGAGCAUGAGUUCCAAAGAAGCAAGGACUACAGAAUGAUGGUCGCUCAGGUAUGGGUUUGUAUCGCACUGGGAAGAUGUACCGAAUCACCUCGGGUGAGCAGCGAGGAGGGCAAGCACUCUGCUGGAUGGAGUAUCUUUGAGGCGGCAACAGACCUCAUUGGAGACCUUGUGGUAUACCUUUUUCGACUCGACGCCAACGAAAGAGCGGAGAAAUUCUUAGCGCUCGCCAUCUCGCAUGCACAUCAUCUAGGCUUUCAUCGGUCCAAGGUCAUCCGACGUAUGCCAGUUUUCAACGAUGAGAUGAUUCGGCGACUAUGGUGGUCUCUUUAUGCACUCGAUCGCCGAUUAGCCAUUGAGACGGGUCACCCAUUCCUGAUACAGGAUGUCAAUGUUGAUGCGCCUCAUCCCCAGAAUCUGGACGAUGAAUGGCUCACCCGGUACAAGGAAGACUCUAAGACAAGCAAUGAGCUAGAAAGCGACAUCAAAACAGCACUUUCGAAAGAUCCCAUUACACCGAUACCAUAUUUAUCUGCGACCACCCGCUACUCUCGAGUUUUGGGGAAAAUAUGGGAGGCUAUCUACGGUGCAAAUAUGACGGACGUUAUCCCCAGCUCAAGUCUACUAGAAUACCUAGACCAACUCAUAUCCCGAGCCCAAGUGGAAGUACGGCCGGAGUUCUCCGAUAGCUAUCAAGCCGAGCCGCCCAAUCUUGAGCAAACUAACCCACUUCGAUGGCUAGCCAAGCAGCAGAUGCUGAUGCGAAUUCCUCUACAUCUUACUUCCUUCCCCGUAUUUCACUCCUUCGUUACUAACCACAUACCCAGCGAUGGCUGUCCCUCCGCCUGCUCAUCCGAAAACCAAUCCUCCAACAACGGGCUUCACCCCAGGAAUCCAUCGCCGACAUCCUCGAAACAGAAGUCACCUGCAUCCGAAUUGCCUGCAACAUUAUUCAAGAAUUCAAACAAAUCCCCCAAUAUACAGCAUCUGCAUUUCCCUUCCUCCACCCACUAG